GUGAGCCGCCAAAGAGGAAGUGCGGCUUGUUUUCUUUCUCGGAGUUCCUCUGCUGUAGGAAGAUGAGAGGAGGAGGAAGAGGAGGAGGAGGCAGCCGAAGCAGGAGGCCAAGUUAGCCGGGGAUGGAGGCCCUCGAGUGGAGGAGCUCCCUGGGCAACGACACCUUCCCCUCCACUCUGAGCCCCGCGGUGCCUCCCUAUGUGAAGCUGGGACUGACCAUUGCCUACACGGUCUUUUAUUCCCUCCUGUUCGCCUUCAUUUACAUCCAGCUCUGGCUGGUCCUUCACUACCGGCACAAGAGGCUCAGCUACCAGACGGUCUUUCUGUUCCUCUGCCUGCUGUGGGCGUCGCUUCGGACGGUGCUCUUUUCCUUUUACUUCAGAGACUUUGUCACGGCCAAUUCUCUCAGCCCUUUCGCCUUCUGGCUGCUUUACUGCUUCCCGGUGUGCCUCCAGUUUUUUACACUGACACUGAUGAAUCUUUACUUCACUCAGGUGAUUUUCAAAGCUAAAUCAAAAUACUCACCAGAACUACUUAAAUACAGGUUGCCUCUUUAUCUCGUGUCAUUUAUUGUCAGUCUACUUUUCCUGCUGGUGAAUCUCACGUGUGCCGUACUUGUGAGAAUAGAGAAUUCAGAAAGGAAGAUCAUUGUAUUGAUCCGGGUUGCUAUAAACGACUCAUUGUUUGUGCUAUGUGCCAUCUCACUCUCCAUUUGUCUCUACAAGAUUUCCAAGAUGUCCUUAGCAAAUAUUUACUUGGAAUCCAAGGGUUCAUCCGUAUGCCAGUUAACUACUGUAGGAGUGAUCGUUAUACUGCUUUAUACAUCAAGAGCCUGUUACAACCUGUUCAUUUUAUCGUUUUCUCAAAGCAAGAAUUCUUUUGAUUAUGAUUGGUACAAUGUAUCUGACCAGGCAAAUUUGAAAUGUCAGUUGGGUGAUGCUGGAUAUGUUGUAUUUGGAGUAAUCCUGUUUGUAUGGGAACUUCUGCCCACAUCCUUAGUGGUGUUCUUCUUCCGUGUCCGAAACUCUACAAAAGAUCUAACAAACCCAGGGAUAGUACCAACGCAUGCGUUCAGUCCAAGAUCUUAUUUCUUUGACAAUCCUCGCAGAUAUGACAGUGAUGAUGAUUUGGCGUGGAGUAUAUCACCGCACAGUAUACAUGGCAGUUUCUCCCCCGAUUACUAUGACUGGGGACAUCAAAUCAACAGCUUUAUGCCUCACAUUGGAUCCUUGCAGCAGGAUUAUACAACAGAGAUAGAACGACCAAGCCCAAUGUAGCACUAAACCAAUGUUGAUUAAAAUAAAUCCACAUUAGUUAUAAGACACAAGUUACAGGGGCAUAGCAUGACCCAUGGAAAAACAUAGGAGUAAAAACAAGCUAUAGGUUUACUUAGUUAAACCAUACAGGUUUAACAUAGUUAUAUUUUCACUCCAAUCUGCCUUGCUUAGGAUGUGAUCUUGCAAAGAUUUGCACAUGUACUUUAAUUAUACAUAGGAGCACUCCUACUGAAGUCACUGUGUCUCCUUUUAUAAUGAAGACAAAAUACAGAGGUGUUAUUACAAGACUGCAGCCUAAGAUAAAACAUUUGUAUUCUGUAUUAUCUAUUUUUAUGUUGGAAAACUACUGCUAUAAAUUUAUAGCCCUUUUCUUAUAUUGUCACUGUUUAUAUGUACAGAAAUAAUUUUGUGUCUCAUGUUGUAAUGUAUUCAGUAGGAUAUGAUGGUGAUGAGUUGUGAUCAUCAUACAAAGUAUUUUGGCAAUGUUGAUAUAAAAAUAUUUUUAAAAUACUCCUAGUUCCAACAAAAUGUUCAUUACAAAAAGUCUAAUAUUACUUGAUGCAUGUAUGGAAUGGAUGACAAGCAAGUAUUGCCAAUUGUGAUUAAUGAGAAACUGUUAAUUUCAUAUUCAGUUUCAUGGGAUCCUACCAUGAGAAAAGAAUAGACAUAAAAUAAAAAGCUUCCACGAUACCUAUGAGCUCAGCAUUUGAUAGUUCAUCAUUUGAUAUAAGCAAACAACAAAUCUGUAUGUAAGCUUAAGAAUAAACACUGUCCAAGUCUUAAUAGAAAACCAAAUGUUUUAUUAGUAUUAAUCACUGAAUAUAGUCCAUAGUCCAUUUUUUACCAGUAUAAGACACCUGUCCAACAUUAUUAUUUGUGUUUGUAAUUUCCAAUUGCUAGCUGUGGCUUUGCCAAUAUUUUUCGUGAGUCAGCUAAACACCAAGUGAUUAUCUAAAUAUCAGGUGCCAAAUUCCAUUCAGCAUUUUAUUCGUAAUCCAGGCUUCAUUUACAUUUUCUGUUCCAAGUUACAGGUACAUUGGUGCAAACUACAUUGUAUAUCUGUACAAUGACACUUUUAGACAGCAUAUGAAAAGUGCAAGGCCAAUUUUUGAGAAGAGAGGACAAAUGGGGUGGGGUAAUCUUUGUCCCCCCAUUUGGGAGAACAUUUUGUAAAUGAGUAAACAGAAGUAUUAACAAGGGAAUUAUUGUUCCUAGCAGGAUGCAGUCUUAAAGAAAAUGUUACUACUUCCUUCAUUAAUAUCUACUUCAAGUAUUACUCAUUUGAUCUACUGAGUUGAAUGCAGACCAAAUAGGUAGCCUAUAUACCACAGCAACAGAAAAAAAUAAAGUGAGUGGGUGAAAUUUGCUUAGUUGACUAAUCUCAAUAGGUACAAUAUGUUGUUGUUGUUUAGUCGUGUCCGACUCUUUGUGACCCCAUGGAGCAGAGCACGCCAGGCACUUCUGUCUUCCACUGCCUCCCGCAGCUUGGUCAAACUCAUAUUCGUAGCUUCGAGAACACUGUCCAACCAUCUCAUCCUCUGUCGUCCCCUUCUCCUAGUGCCCUCAAUCUUUCCCAACAUCAGGGUCUUUUCCAGGGAGUCUUCUCUUCUCAUGAGGUAGCCAAAGUAUUGGAGCCUCAGCUUCAGGGUCUGUCCUUCCAGUGAGCACUCAGGGCUGAUUUCCUUCAGAAUGGAUAGUUUUUAUCUUCUUGCAGUCCAUGGGACUCUCAAGAGUCUCCUCCAGCACCACAAUUCAAAAGCAUCAAUUCUUCGGCGAUCAGCCUUCUUUAUGGUCCAGCUCUCACUUCCAUACAUCACUACUGGGAAAACCAUAGCUUUAACUAUAUGGACCUUUGUAGGCAAG